AUGGAUGGUUACCAAUCUAAAAGUAUGCACAGGAGAAGAGAUCUACCAACAAAUGAUGGCUGUCAAACUCAUAAUAGUAAUAAUAAUAAUUCCUCUUCUGGAAGUUUCCUAAAGGGGAGAAGAGGGAACUGCAACCUGGAAAUGAACGAUGAUGUUUCUGAUGAGGUUAUUCAAGACCCAUCAUCAAAG